GAGUCUUCACGAAUUUUUGAUCCCUGCAGUUCACUCAGCCCGCCGUGCUUUACUGAGGAGGACCGAUUCAGCCUAGAAGCUCUCCGCAUGAUCCAUAAGCAGAUGGAUGAUGACAAAGAUGGUGGUAUCGAAGUAGAUGAGAGUGAUGAGUUUCUAAGGGAAGAUAUGCAAUACAAGGAUGCCUCAAAUAAACACAGUCACCUGCACAGAGAAGACAAGCAUAUCACCAUUGAGGAUCUGUGGAAACGCUGGAAAACGUCUGAAGUUCAUAACUGGACUCAAGAGGACACUCUUCAGUGGCUUUCAGAUUUUGUUGAAUUGCCCCAAUAUGAAAAGAAUUUUAGAGACAGCAAUGUCAAUGGAACAACACUUCCCAGGAUAGCGGUAAAUGAACAUGCUUUCAUGAUCUCUCACUUGAAAAUAAUUGACCGGAGUCAUAGACAGAAGCUUCAGCUUAAAGCCUUGGAUGUUGUUUUAUUUGGACCUCUCACUCGUCCCCCUCACAACUGGAUGAAGGAUUUUAUAUUAACAGUCUCUAUAGUUAUUGGUUUUGGAGGCUGCUGGUUCGCAUAUACACAGAACAGAACCUCAAGAGAACAUAUCACAAAAAUGAUGAAGGACUUAGAAAGUCUCCAAACAGCAGAGCAAAGUCUUCUUGACUUGCAGGAAAGGCUUGAGAAGGCACAAGAAGAGAACAGAAACGUUGCUGUUGAAAAGCAAAAUCUGGAGCGCAAAAUGAUGGAUGAGAUCAAUGAUGCAAAACGUGAAGCUCAUCGCCUCAGGGAAUUGAGAGAGGGAGCUGAAUGUGAGCUCAGCAGGCUCAAAUAUGCAGAGGAAGAGUUAGUACAGGUUCGCAUGGCUUUAAAAAAGGCUGAGAAGGAGUUUGAAUUAAGAAGUAAUUGGUCUGUUCCUGAAGCUUUGCAGAAGUGGCUUCAGUUAACACAUGAAGUUGAAGUACAAUAUUACAAUAUCAAAAGACAGCAUGCAGAAAUGCAAUUAGCAAUUGCUAAAGAUGAGGCAGAAAAGAUAAAAAAGAAGAGAAGCACUGUAUUUGGAACAUUACAUGUUGCACACAGCUCCUCCCUGGAUGAAGUGGACCAUAAAAUUCUUGAAGCAAAGAAAGCACUCUCUGAGUUGACGACGUGUUUGCGAGAGCGUCUUUAUCGAUGGCAACAGAUUGAGAAGAUUUGCGGGUUUCAAAUCGCGCACAAUUCUGGGCUACCAAGCUUGACCUCCUCUCUCUACUCUGAUCACAGCUGGGUAGUUAUGCCUCGAGUUUCCAUUCCUCCCUACCCAAUUGCAGGGGGAGUUGAUGACUUAGAUGAAGACACUCCUCCAAUAGUUUCACAGUUUCAUGGGUCCAUUGUAAAACCUCCCAGCACACUGGCAAGAAGCAGUAGCUUGUGUAGAUCAAGACGCAGUGUUGUGCCAUCAUCUCCACAGUCUCAGCACGCUUUGCACUCCCCUGACCCUGACAUCCUUUCUGUGUCGAGCUGCCCAGCUCUCUAUCGAACUGAAGAGGAGGAGGAAGCCAUUUACUUCUCUGCUGAUAAACAAUGGGAAGUACAGGAAACAGGUUCGGAAUGUGACUCCUUAAAUUCAUCCAUUGGAAGAAAACAGUCUCCUCCAGCAAGUCUUGAGAUGUACCAGACAAUUUCUCCUCAGAAAGUAUCACCAGAAGAAUUCUCACUUGAGGAAUCAUCUACAGGAGACUCCUCUUCUCUAACUGCAGAAGUUUCUAGGGGCUCUCCUGACUGUGUAGGCAUGGCAGAAACUAAGAGCAUGAUCUUUAGUCCUGCAAGCAAAGUUUAUAAUGGAAUCCUGGAGAAGUCUUGCAGCAUGAACCAGCUUUCAACCGGGAUCCCAGUCCCAAAGCCUCGUCACACCUCAUGUUCUUCGACUGGCAGUGAUAGUAAACCCAGCCAUGAAGCUGCUUCUGUCCCCAGGAUAAGCAGCAUCCCACAGGACCUCUACCAGAAUGGUGAAAAAAAUAAAAAGCCAUCAAAAAUAAAAAACCUCUUUAAGAAGAAGUGUAAGUGAGGUGGGCAGAAGAAAACCUAUAGUAAUGUUAUAAAAACUCUAUUUUUUAAAUCUUUAGGAAUGUAAUUCCAUUUGAGCAUUCCAAACUGGAUGCCCUAAUGGAAUACUCUGUAGGUCACCUAUAUUUAAUGACUGUACUGUCAACGGUUGUGCCAGCUGUCAAUGAGAAAUCAUUAAAAAGUUCAGACAGUUUACAUUAAUUUCUGCCUAUUUAUUUCUUUAUUUUUUUUAGGUUGUCUUUUUCAGCUUUUUUUUUAAAAUUUGAUUUUUUGGGCUUUUUUAAGUUUAUUCAUAAACCAUUUGUAAGCCACUUUGGACUCCUAAGCUUUAAUGGACUAGUAAGCCUUCCUGGGCUUGCCAAAGUUUCUUGUUUACUGGAGCAUCUUCCUAUCUUUCCAUAGAAAUAGGACAUUUAUCUACCGGACUUUAACAAAAAUAAAAGAAGUAGAACUAAAUGAAUUGCACUACUGUUUUACAGACUGGAACAGUCUCUGCAAGUGAAACUGAAAGACUUGUAUUUGACUGAGAAGAUGAAUCUUUUCACUUUUAGAUCUUUUGGGGUUUUUAAGUAGAAUUUAGCAUUUCUAAUUGACUUGAUUUCUGGAAAUGGAAAUGUCAUGCUUUUAUUAUGGGAAGCUUUGUUAGAUGCAUUUAUUAUUAGAAUGGUUCAAGUCCUGCUGUAAAGAUCAUUUUUUUCCCAGGACUUUCACUGUGAUUUUAAUUCACUGCGGGCUGUAUGAGAAACAAAAAAAAAAAAAAAAAAAAAGAGAAAAAAGAAAAAAAAAGGUAAAUUACCAAGAGAACAGGCUCUUGAUUCCUUAUGCAAGAUGGUUGUGAAACUUGACUGAAGACUGAAAAAAUUCACCUCUCAAAAUGAGGAGGGGGAAUAGUAGCUUUUGUUUACAGUUUGACGGAAAAUGGACAUUUGGGUUGUGAAAGUUUGUACUGUGGUAAAGAUAAUAAAUUGGAAACAUUAUUGUGCUUGGGAA